AACCUCAUGCAGUUUAUAAUUAGGUCUGGGGAAUUCUCCGAUAUUUUGCGCUACUGUCUGGUCAAAGAUCCGGACCAGCGACCCACUGCCGCGGAUGUUCUCCGGCAUCCCUUUCUGGCCAAAGCGAAAAACAACGCCGGUGUACGGGCUUUGAUUAGCGAGGCUAAGGCUGAAGUGGUGGAAGUUGAAGAGCAAGUAAUUCCUGAUGACGUUAACCCGAUUGACACGACAGCGGUGGAUGGCGUUGUCCAGCCUACGGAAAGCAUUGUGGCAAAUGGACUGGCUAUUGCGGAGGAACCGGAUCAGCCGGUUAUCGCCACGGCCACCUAUGCCGUUGUGCUGAAAAAGAGCGACCGAGAACACCACAAGAAGCCCGCACCUCCUCGACCUACUGCGGAAGCGAAAACGCCGACGGAAACAAAAGUCUUCCCGGCAGAAAACAUAUACGAAGAAGUCGUGGAGAGGAAAUCGCCAACAGAGAAUACUGUGCUACCGUUGAACGUUGAGCCCCCACCAGCUGACCUGGUGGAAGAGAUAGUUAGAACGUCGCCCGACGAAACUGUUACGCCCGUAAACGUCAGCCCGGUGAACGAAAAUCAGUCUUCCUUAUCCGAUGUGGUUGCUACGUCUUCCUCAGUUGAACACGUGCCUUCUCCUCCCCUUCCCAGCAGUGAGACAAUGGAGACGCACACUUUUGUUCGUGAUGAUGCGCCGGCGCAGGACAUCGUAUCGGUACAGUGCGUGUCGGUAGCCAGUGACGGCGUUGCUGACGAAUUACCGGUGACCCGAGCGGAAUCCGCUGCGUCGGAUACUCUGCAGCAGGUUGUAGAGGCGGUCGUUCCCCAGGAGGAGCAUGUCACCCAGGUGGUGAUUGCGUAUGAUCGAGAUAAUACACCUGCAGCAAUAGUGGUCACUGGACAUCGGCCAGCGGAAGAGAUGAACGGUUGGCUACAUCCGGAAGAUGAGCCGGAACUAGUUGAGUUGUCUCGACCAGGAGAGUUACUUACGGAGCAGAUGGCGCGGCACAACGAACACACCGGUGAUCAUCCCGAUGAACUGAUUCGAAAUAUGGACUCCGUUGAACCUCCCGUGAUCACUCCGGAUGAUGUGGAGGUGGCAUUUACGAAAACCGAAUCGGCUGGGACUUCGCCUGUUGUAUUUAAGAGACCGAUCAGUCCUGCAGAACCGGCUGGUGUGAUUCGCGGGGAAAGUGGUGAUGCUGCGGUAGAGCAGCAGCAACAGUCGCCGCCGUUGACGCGAGCCGAUCAGUGUGUUGAGCAUGUGGAUGUUGUGGUGAUGGACAAGAGUUCAGCAUCGUCUCCCAUUGUUAAUGGAGCCUUCGUCCAGCCGACACUCCGCGCUGGGGUGAUUCGGCGGGAGAAUCGGCCCUCGCCGUCUUCCAGUAAUGCCAGCAGCGAGCGUGGACACAGUCUGAAUAUUUCAGACCGGGAAACGGUGUCGGUAGUCAGCUCAUCACCGGUGCCGUUUGAUGAUGGACAGUCGUCACAGGAUAACAUCAACUAUGUGGAUCCGAGUGAGACGAGCAGUGUAGCCACGGAGGACAGUUUUAGUGAUAAGGAGAACAAAGCGCGCAAGGUUGUCAAUGAGCCGGCUGUUGUUAUGCGGCGGAAACGGCAGGGCGAAGCCAGCGCGGAGAAUCAGCGUCAGCGGCGCACACUCAAGAAGACCCGUAAAUUCGUCAUUGAUGGCGUCGUGGUUACGACAACGUCCACCAAAGUGAUUGAUCCCAAUGAGGAAAACCGCCAUAAAGAAGAUCUGCAACUACGGAAAGAAGAAUUACGCGAAUUGAAAUUAUUACAAAAGCAAGAAAUGAAGGCUUUCCAAGAUUUGGCCACGAAGGCACAAAAUACCAAAGAACAGCAGGAGAGACGCUUUGAGGCUGAUAUUCAGGUAUUGAUUCGUAAUUACGAGAACGACCUCGACCAACUUCUGAAGCAACAAAAGCAGCGAUUGGAACGUGAAGAACAACUGCAGGACGCUGAUCUACGAGCGGCAACAAAAAAACUCAGCGCUGAUCAUGAAAAGGAGCUCAAAGCGUUCAGAGAAGCACUAAAACAAGAGCAAAAGCUACUGAAACACGAGUGCGAAGUGAAUAUAGCGAAAGCUGAACGGAAAGAAGUUUAUAAAGCGCGAAAAGAGAAGCUUGAUCAGGAGCAGACGGCCAAGGAAGAGCAUUUUAUAUCAUCGCUGAAUGACGCCAUGACGCAUAUGAUUGGACGCAUGAAGGAACAGUAUCAUGAGAAGAUUGCCAUGAUGGAGAAACAGUUUUUGCAGCAAAAGCAGCAGCUAAUACGUUCUCGGGAAGCUGACAUCUGGGAGCGCGAGGAGCGUCAUUACAUGGAACGGCAUCAGUUGGCCAAACGCCAGAUGAAGGAUAUAUUCUUCCUUCAGCGUUGUCAGAUGCUGCUGCGGUUUGAGAAAGAGCGGGACCAAAUUAAAAGGAUCAAUGAAAUGCGCGAACAAGAACUGGUUAAACAAUUGACGGCUGAAAAGAAGUUGCUGCCGAAGCGGAUUCGAAAUGAGAUGAAGACGAGGGAACUCAUGUACAGGGAAAGCUUACGCAUAACGCACAUAUCGGCUGAUCAGGAGAAGGAGAAAGUCCGAUGGUUUCAAGAGCAAGAAAAGAAGCGCUACAAAGCGGAACAAGUACGGCAAGAGCAGAAGCAUUCCAACCGCGUUGAAGAGCUGCGCGCGGCUGCCGAAGCGAAUCUGCGGGAAUUAGAACAGAUCCAAAACGAAAAACGGAAAGUCCUCAUGGAUACAGAAAAUGUUAAACUGAGGGCGCUCGAAGUGGACCAUUCCGAGAGCCUGCAACGGUGGAAAAAUGAUUUAAUACUCCGGAAACAGAAACUAGAAGAAGACUUCGUAAAGCAAGCGGAAGAGCGUGAGCGCUUCUACAGCACGACCUUCCUGCGCAACGGCGACGGUGAUUAUGGUAAUUCUCCUACUGAAAGCUCAACGGAUGUCGACUCAGCCGAGAUAUCGUCCUCGUAUUCCCGUUCAAGUAGAACGUGAUCCAUGGAGGACGCAAACGAUUUUCCCCGUGACAUGGCAGGAUUUCCUUGUUUGAUCGCGACACAUGGUAGCUGUCGGUGUUUUUUUAUCUUUUUUAUUCUUCUGGUGGUAUUAAUGUUGUCCACUGCGUUUCUGGCAAUAUUUGGUUAAAUCAUUUUAGGCACGCAUUCCCAUGCGGUGUCUUUGCUGUCUUCCGGCCGCGCAUGCUGCAUGUUGUGCUUCUUUAAUGUGUAGAUAUACAGUACCUAGGCGGACGUUUUUACAAGAUGAUUUAACGGGCGUUUGUGUGGAGUGGUUUCCUUAUUGUUGUUUUUGCUGGUGCGCGUUAAUUCUGGUGAUAAAGUGCAUUCAUUGGUGGA